AACGCAAGAUACAAGUCAAGUCUGCGAUCGAGACACAAAAGAAAAAUAUUGAACACAAGAAAAACGUAAUCGCUGAUCUUGAAAGACAGUGUAAACAAAUUGAAGCGCGAGGCAAUGCAGUGAAACGAGACAUCCACAAGUUUGCUGAGAACAUGAUCUCACUCAUUGAAACAAAGAAGAAGGAAAUGUUAAACAAAGCUGAUAAACAAAUUAGAGAAUCCCUUGGAUGUGUGCGAACUCAACAACGCGAGGUCCAGCGUCAAGUCAAACUACUUGAAACAGCAGUCGAAAAAACGGAAACACUUUUAAAACGAUGUACAAAUGCCGAGAUUACACAGUUAGAUAAGUCACUGAAUACGGUCUUACCUGAGGAAGUCAGUGAUAUUGGAAAACAAGCCGCGACUGACCUUGAAGGUCUUCGUCAAUUCCUUUUCAAAGAAAACAAAACAUUACUUGACAGUCUUAACUCUGACAACAUCGGCUCAUUUCAAACUUUUGUGACAAACACUUGCGCUCAUCAGUCAACCGCCGAAGGGAAAGGAAUCAGUGAGGCGAGAGUUGGACUUGAAUUAAACUUUCUAUUAACAACAAGAAAUGCCGAAGGAGAACAAUGUUACAAUCAGCGUGACUGUGUAAACGUGGAAAUAAAAAAUCAGCAAGGCCAUGACUGUGCGACGGAAGUGCGACUCAAAGAUGAGAAAGAUGGUAGCUACAAAGUCAGAUAUUUCCUCAAAGAUAUAGGAAAAUGCCAAGUAUCAGUGAAAAUAAAUGAAGAACACAUUCGUGGUAGUCCAUUUCCUGUUAAACCGAAACCCCGACAGUUCAGACACGUGUUAUCUUUUGGACAAAAAGGCUCGUCCGUUGGAAUGCAAUGCAGUCCAUAUGGAGUGGCAGUGAAUGAACGAGAUGAAAUUGCAGUGACUGAAAUUGGUAACCACAGGGUUCAGGUAUUCAGUAGUGAUGGAACUUACUUAAGAUCUUUUGGUAGGAGGGGUGAUAAACAGGGAGAGUUUAAUUUUCCUACUGGGAUAGCAUUUAAUAAAAAUAGUCGCAGUUUAGUAGUAGACAACAACCGAGUUCAAUUGUUUAAUGAUCAGGGUGAGUACCUGAGCCAGUUUGGUGGUAAAGGAAAUCUUGAUCACAAGCUGAGGAAUCCUUUGGGUUUAUCUGUCGACAGGAAUGAAAAUAUCAUUGUUGCCGAUGCGGGCAACAAAGUUAUAAAAAUCUUUUCUCCCAGUGGCCAGUUUUUGUAUAAACUCGGUGAAGGUGAAGGUGAAGGUUUUACUUCUCCUUGUCACUGUAUUCAAUAUGACAAAUAUCUAAUAGUGUCAGACGAUGGUGAUCAUUGUAUCAAAGUGUUUGAUAUAAAUGGCAACUUUUUGUACAAAUUUGGAAAUAAGGGGAACAGGGACGGGGAGUUUCGCACACCCAGUUUUUUGUCAGUUAACAAGGCAGGACACCUGAUGGUCUGUGACAGAGACAAUCACAGAGUUCAGGUAUUUGAACUGAGUGGUAAGUUUAUAACAAAGUUUGGAAAACAAGGGAAUGGGCCAGGAGAGUUCAAGGCUCCAAUAUCUACAGCAGUUCUUAGUGAUGGUAGGAUAGUUGUAGCUGAUUGGUGGAACAAUCGCAUUCAGAUAUUUGAGUAAACGUGGAUAAUUUAUCUACCAUCACAUUCAGACUACAAAUUACUUCUAAAAAGUUGUUUUCACCUCAUCUUCAAAUCAUUUCUCGAAUGAGCUUUUCGUCGUAGUCUCAGUGAAAAGAACAUUGUAAAACUUUGAGUCAGUGGAUUCCAUUUUGCUCAUUGUAUAGUUACAAGUUCGUGCGUUAGGUUUUCCAUCACGAAAGAGAAAAUAAUAUCCCACUUUUUUUCUCUUGCUAACGGUAAACCUAAGAAAAGUGUUUUCUUAGCUUGGUUAUUUUGCUUAAAUAAAUGGAAAUUAAUUAAAAGUAGAUUAAAAUGACCCGUUUUGAACUUUCAGAGAGAGGCCAUUAGAAAAACAAUAAGUUAACUGCAAACUGGUUAUUGCCAUUUUCAAUCAAAUUCGCCAAGAUUUCAUUUACAAAUUGUCGUUGUUGCUUUUGUCGUUUUUCCAUGAGCUCAGAUGGACAACACCUUCUUUUUCCUCUGUUGUUGGCUAUUCACUUUUCUAAUGGCUCGUCCUUCAGUUCACUUGUUAUAAACGAAUAAUGCUGGUGUAUCU